AUGAAGCUGAUACAGCUGGGAAUCACCCUGACUAACGAAGAGAGCUACGCCUCCUGGCAGUUCAACAUGAAGGACUUCGAUCCUCGGGUCGAUGAUUGCUCGGAAGCCUCGAUAGAGUUUCUGAAAAAGAGCGGGAUUGACUUCGGCAAGAAUCUCAGGGACGGGGUCAGCGCGGACGUUCUCUCGAAGGGGCUGGUGGAGAACUCGCUGCUUAGGGGAGGCGAAGGGCUGAAGUGGAUCACUUUCCACGGCAUGUACGACCUCGCGUACCUGAUCAAGAUCGUCUACGGUCAGACGCCUCUGCCGGACACGCUGGCGGGUUUCUUGAGAUUGGUGAGAAAACUAUUCGGUACGAGGGUCUACGACCUCAAACAUAUGGCGAAGGAGUACGACGCGUCUCUCUCUGAGGUGGGCCUGGUUAAGCUUUCGAGGGUGCUGGAGAUCGAGUGGACGGGGAGCUCGCAUCAGGCAGGGCAUGACAGCCUGCUCACGGCAAUGGCGUUCUGGAAGAUGAAGAGGGAGUUUCCGGAUUUUGACGAGGGGAAACAUGCGGGGAUACUCUAUGGAUUCGAAGAACACGGGAAAAGGGAGUCGGGGAACAUCGUGAUGCUCUUCAAUCCUGUAGCUCUGGCUAGCAUCGCUUUGAGCCGUCAGAGUUGUGCGCCUCUAGCGCCCUUUCGUCGUGCUCCUCGGCUGUAUGCUUAUCGUGGCGUCUUUCCGCCAGGCUGUGGUCCUGUUCCUGGGCCGCCGUUUGCCUACCGUGGUGGCUUUCCCGCGGGAUACCAUCCGAUUCCGAGUCCCUACGGCUACUGGGCCGCUCCGCCACAGCCUUCUCCCUUCGUCUCAGUGUAA